AUGUCAAGGCAAAGACGUGAACGACGUGAGAUGGAAACGGAAGAGUAUCGUGAAGCUAGGUCUCAUCCACCACACAUGCUUCAGAUGAUGGCUGAAUUAGUUGCUAGUUUUAGUCGUGAAGACGAGGCCUACUCCGUUAAAAAUUUGAUCGAUAAGCUCAAGAACGCAAUAAGGAUUAAUGUUUAUGAACGUCUAAUGAAAUCGAUUGAAGCACUGAAGUUAUGCUACAGUCAUGUGGAAUUCACAAUGCACAUUCCAUACAGCGAAGAUCAAAUCGAAUACUCGACACAAAGUUGUUUGCUAUGCCGUUCUAGUGGAGUUACCAAGAAUGUACCUAAUGAAUAUUGUAAUGCCCCUUGUAAGCAACAACUACACGCGAUUAAA